GUGCGCAAGUAACUUACUCGGAGUUCUGUAGAGAGAGAGAGAGAGAGAGAGAGGGAGAUUAGACACUUGCAGAUGGAGUCGAUGCCUGUGAAUUGGGACGCCCUGGAUUCUAUCGUUCUUGAUUACGCCAUCGCUGAUAAUCUCCUCCACCCCUCCUCGCCCUCUUCUUCGCCUUCUCUCUCUCCUACUCUUUCUCUUUCUUCCUCCUCCUACCAUUCCCGCUUGCUUAUCCAGCAGAUCCGCCAGUCUCUGGGGUCUGGCGAUGUCGACUCCGCGCUCCAUCUCCUCCAACGCCAUGCUCCCUCUGUUCUCGAUGAUCACCGCCUCCUCUUCCGGUUGCAUAAACAAAAAUUCAUUGAGCUUUUGAGGAAAGGGACUGAUGCAGAUCGCGAUUCGGCCAUCAGAUGCCUGCGCAUGGCUCUUGCUCCCUUCGCACUGGAUGCGUACCCGGUAUUUAUUUCCUUCUCUUCUCUUUGGUACCAUGGUUGACACCUGAAUCUUUCCUAACUGAAGAUUGUUAAAUUCUUUACCUUGCUCAUGAUGUAAGGAAAUUGGAGCUAUUAGAAUCAUGUAUAGGAUUGUCAUUCAAAUCAUGUGAAACAUAAUAAUGCUUUUGAAGUUUGGUCCAAUUUUGGGGACAUAGCUUUGGGAAUUAUGGUUUCCUUGUGGGUCUGUUAGGAGUUAAUGAGGUGGGAAGACAAUGUUUAGUAUUCUUAUGUAAACAGUAGAAUAAUUUCAAGUGCUGUUGUUCUAUUGACGAAGUUUUAUCCUAUGGCAACACAAUGCUUUAUGUUGUCGAAAUAGUAGAGUAAUUGAUCGUUUGGAGAUCUUGUAACAUAAAAUGCAGCAUGCACGAAGACUUUGCAUACAAGAUUGUGAGGAAUGAUUUUGCUGUUUGGAUAGUUUUUCAUGUUUGGUAGAGAUGUGAAUUUGAAUAUUUAAAUUUUUUCUCCCGAACUGAAGUACAUGGUUUAUGAAUAAUGACAUGUUAGAGUUUAUGUGUUUCACGAAUUUAUUAUUUGAUGAAUACUUUACCUUUGUCGUGGUCACACUAUAGAGUGCUUCUCAUCAAUUCUAGGGUUCAUUCUCAUCGACAAUCAGAUUAAUAUGUCCUGAGCAUCACGAUGUCAGUGACAAAGGUGUGUUUUGGCAGUGGGUGGAAGGUUCCAUUGCUGAGCUGUCUGGAAUUUUUGAGGAAAAAAACCUCAGCAUUUUGAUGGAUGUUAGCAUCCAUUUGCAAUCCUAGCUUCUUGAUUAUGCUCAAUGGAUCCCCAAAAGCAUUUCUCAAAGUUUGAGAUGGUGGGGGCGACACUCCUUGUUGGCUUUUGCAUUUACCAUUAUAAUCGAAUGACGUGUGAUUCCUUACAAAAGGAUUUGCUUUUGUGUUGA